AUGAAACAAGCUCCAUUCUAUUACGCAGAUGAUGCUAGCCCCAACAACCCUUAUUCCCCCAUGCUAAUUGGUCCUAAUAUCCAUUCAAGGUAUUCCUUUGGAAACGCCGCCAGGCAAGGGCCUUCAUUCGACGCGCUCCAUGAUGUGUGCUUUCAGCCACCGCUAUUCACCGACCUCCCCGAGCUACCUCAUGAUAGCGAUUUUCCGACCCCACCGUCAGCGUCAUCGUCCAGAAUGAUUGAUACGCCGCCACAUCAUUGGCAUGCACCGCUUGCAGUGGACGAGGGAGAUUUUUCCGCCGAGGCCAGGGGCAAUUCACCAUAUUUUAUAUCUACACAGCUAUCAAAGGACACCGAACAUCAUCGCCCAUGGUCAGAAACGGCUAUGUCGGACAAUUAUUGGGAUCGCGAACGGGAAUGUAGCCGGAUACCCAUGUCAUUGGAUCUUGCUCCCAAUGAACUUUCUUCAGAGCAUACCAUAUUCUCCCCUUCAUCGUCGUAUUCAUCAUACCCGCAUCAAACGCACUUUGAUACCCACCGCAAGCUAUCUAUUGGUCCCAAGCCUUUAAUGUUACCGUCACUGCCUUCAAUUCCGGCUGAGUCUCCACCAAAUUCAUCCAUCACACCUUCGUCAUCUUGGCCUUCACAUGUAACACAAGUUCCUAUCAAGCUGCACCAACCCCGUCCAUCUCGCCGCAUACCCAUCGUCUCUCUGGACGAGCUCGCAUCCAUAAGCGAAAAUUUCAUUUUGCCGCCACACAAGACCCACCGAGCCAACUCACCAGUCGAAGCCCUUUCGCCUCUUCCCUUCGAUUUCCACCAUCAAUCGUUUGAAUCAAACCAUGCCCGAAUAUGUGAAGGCGGCUUACAAUCGAAGAACGAUAUUUUUUGUCCAAAAUUUUCCACGCUGCGGCCUCCUGAUGGAGGGGAGCCGUGUCAAGUUAUCUUGUGCUCUUGCGGUUGCAUGGAGACGUACACCUUCCAUUAA